AUGAGUGGCCGUUUCUCUCGCACGAUCUAUGUUGGCAAUCUUCCUGCAGAUAUAAGGGAGUCAGAAGUUGAAGACAUAUUCUACAAGUAUGGACGUAUAUUGGAGAUUGAAUUGAAGAUUCCACCUCAGCCUCCUUCUUAUUGUUUUGUAGAGUUUGAGGAUGCUCGGGAUGCAGAAGGUGCUAUCAGGGGCAGAGAUGGCUAUAACUUUGAUGGGGGUCGACUGAGGGUCGAGCUUGCACAUGGUGGCAGAGGGCCGUUGUCUUCAAGUGAUCGUCGGGUUGGCUAUGGUGGCAGUGGCGGAGGAGGCGGCAGUGGCCGAUUUGGCACUUCGCGUCAUUCUGAGAAUCGAGUUAUUGUUCGUGGGCUUCCAUCUUCUGCUUCUUGGCAAGAUUUGAAGGAUCAUAUGCGAAAAGCUGGGGAUGUCUGUUUUGCUGAAGUUUCCCGUGACAGUGAAGGAACCUAUGGCCUAGUUGAUUAUGCUAAUUAUGAAGACAUGAAAUAUGCUGUCCGGAAACUUGAUGAUAGUGAAUUCAGAAAUCCCUGGACCAGAACUUAUAUCCGGGUAAGGGCAUAUAAGCGCAGGCUGUCAAGAAGCCCAAGUAGGAGCCACAGUCGAAGCAAAAGUCCAAAAAGGAAUAGAAGCAAAUCAAAUGAUCGAUCUGUUUCCAGAUCACCGUCUAAAUCUCCUGGUAAACCUUCCAGAGCCAGAUCAAUGUCGAGGUCAAGGUCAAGGUCCAGGUCCAGGUCCAGGUCCAGGUCGAGAUCAAUGUCAAAAUCAGCAUCUCCUCACCAGGCAAGAUCGGGCAGUGGCUAA